CUGCUUCCAAGCGUAUUGCCAGUACGAUACGAGCUAUAGAGGGACGUGUACUUCAAAUUGUUGUUAAAUCGCUGUCGUGUUGUGUGUGUUGAUAAUGUCUAAGCCGACAAAAUGGAUAACGCCGUUCAAAAAACAAUGCUUCGUAACAGCAGGCGUGUGUCUCAAUAUGGCGGGGCAUGGCCUGGUGAUGGGGUUUGCCGCCAUACUCCUACCACAGUUGAGACGGUCCGACUCUCUCAUACCGAUCGAUGACUCCUCAGGAUCAUGGAUAGCUUCGAUCCUGGGAUUCGCCUUGGUCUCCGGUAACUUCAUCGUACCAACAAUAAUGGCCAAAUACGGCCGAAGAACCGCAAACCUCGUGAGCAUAACACCAAUGAUCGUCGGUUGGUUCUGCAUUAUAACCGCCAACAGCAUCCCAUCACUCCUCGUCGCGAGGUUUCUCCAAGGAAUCUCCAUGGGAAUGAGCGCCUCCUUAGGCCCAGUCUUAAUCGGAGAAUACACCAGUCCCAAAAACAGAGGAGCGUUCCUCACCACCAUAUCAGUUACAAUUGCAACAGGAGUCCUUAUGGUACAUACUUUAGGGUCCUAUUUGAGCUGGCAAAAAACAGCUCUAGUUUGUGCCUUUAUUUCAUUCAUAGACUUACUGAUAGUUAUAUACUCCCCGGAGUCACCGAGUUGGAUGGCAGACCAAGGCAGGUAUGACGAAUGCAGGAAGAUAUUCAGGUGGUUACGAAGUGAGGACGAAGAGGAUGAACUGCAAAGAAUGAUUGAAUCAGCUAUCGUUGUAAGAGAAGCAAAAGCUGACGUAGACCUAUCAGAAUCGUUCGGUAGUAAAAUGAAGAGAAAUAUAGCUUACUUCAACGUAACUAUAAAGAAGAAAGAGUUUUACAAGCCCAUAUUUAUCAUGAUGCAUAUUUACACGCUAGGGCAGUGGGCCGGAGCCAACAUCCUUGCUGCCUACACAAUGGAUAUCUUCACCCAUGUUAUUGGAACUGAUGUAAACAUACCUCUAUUAGUAAUCACGUUAGAUACUCAAAGAAUCAUAUCUAACUGCUUAGCUGUAUACGUCAUUAAGAAGAUAAAUAGAAGAACUAUGCUGUUUUCAACUGUUGGACUGAACUUGUUGGCUUUCUUAACCACAGCGGCGUAUACUUACUGCAAAGGACAAAACCUUCUACCUUUUGACCAUCCGUUUAUUGGUAUAGCUCUUAUUCAUAUACAUAUGUUCACCAUCGCUACUGGAACUGUUCCUUUACCAUUUAUUAUAGCUGGAGAGUUAUUCCCUCUGGAAUACAGAAGUCUAGCUGGAGGUAUCAGUGUCUUAUUCCUGUCUUCCAAUCUCUUCAUCACUGUAAAGACUGUGCCCUUCUUCUUCGGGUCUCUAGGCAUACAUGGAGCGUAUGUCAUUUAUUCAAUAGUUGUUGGGUACUGUUUACUGAUCUCCUACUUCUUCCUCCCAGAGACGAAAGACAGGACCCUUCAGGAUAUUGAGGACGAGUUCAGAGGUAGACCUUUGACUGUUGAGGAGAUGAAGUCCACUCAAUCGCUGACUGCGUGGAAACUGCAUAGCCAAGACAGGAGAUGUAGUAGUCCUGUAGUAUAAGACGGAGAUAGAUAUAGAAGGAGCAGUUACAUAGAAAAAUUUGUAAUUUUAUAAGUGUUUGUGAGGCAGAAUUGCUCGUAUAUUUUUAUACGUAAUUGAAAUUAGUUACCGCAUUGUUAAAGUCUGUUUCUCCACAAACUGAUUAAUGUGCAAUUUAGCUACAGGAGAAUUAUGUUAAAAGAAAACCUUAAACAUUGCGCCACAGGAAUUGAAACCAUUCUUCAGAAUUUCAAGGCAUAUUUACCACAAGAUCAAAUGUAACAGCAAAUUUUACGUAAUAGGUAUUUGCAAUUAGUUCAAAAAGGAGAUUUUUAUAUUGAAUAAUGAAUAUAUCGCGAAUGAAAAGGUAUAAUAAUAAGUCUGCCAAAACACUUUUUAUGCCAGUGUAUAGAGGAAACUAACCUCUCUUACUAGUAAGAUACUCCAGCAGUGGAAAGAAACUGGAACGAUAUAUUUUUUUUAAUUUUAUUAUUUCUUAGCGGUUGUCAUUGUUUAUAUUAUUGCCUUUUGAUUUUCGAAUACUAUUUUCUGUAAUUUGUUAUAUGGUAUCAGAACGUAUAUAGCUAGAAGAUAAACUCAGUCUAGAAUAUUGCUCAAUAAAGAUUUAAAGUGGUGUAUUUCCCAUAACUUUAUAUUCUUUGGUCUAAACAUUGUUGCGACCAAAUUAACUGUUCUAAAAUUCAUCCAGCAAAUAGUAAUGAUUGCUAUUCAAAAAACAAAAUGAGGCGUAAUACGCCAAAAAAUGUCUAGUAAAAAUCCGUUAAAACUCAAUCUUAAAUAAGUACUAAUAAAUGAGGUUGAUAAUGGUUUGCCAAUUUAGAUAAAACAAUGGCUAAGUCACAAAGGACAUUUAUCAAAAAAGGUUUUAUGUAUUAAGUGCCUGUUUCACAAGUUUCAAGUAAAUGUUAUUUGACAGUUAUCGUAUUAAGCAACUAAUGUAGAUAGUACUCAUUUUAUUACAAUUUAUUUGGGAGCAUAGAUUAGAGUAAGACUAUUAUUUUUGGUCGGCUUAUACAUUUA